AUGGUGAAUGAAUUUCACCAAAAUGGUAAGCUAGCGAGAGGGGUUAAUAGCUCUUUCAUAGUUCUUAUUCCUAAGAAGGUUAAUCCCAUAGGCUUGGGGGAUUAUAGACCUAUCAGUUUGGUGAGCUCAGUCUAUAAAAUUUUGGCAAAAGUGCUCUCAAGGAGGCUUAAGCGAGUGUUGCCAGCAGUGAUCAACGAGGUUCAGUCCGCCUUCGUGUGUGGGAGGCAAAUCCUAGAUGGUGUGCUAAUAGCUAAUGAAGUUGUAGAUGCUUGGAAAAGAUCGAAGAAGAAAGGCAUUAUCCUAAAAUUGGACUUUGAAAAAGCUUAUGACUCACUCAAUUGGGAGUUUCUGUGGUCGAUGAUGAAUAAUCUGGGUUUCGGAGAGAAAUGGAUAGUUUGGAUGAGGAGUUGGAUUGCUACAGCCAGGGUUUCAGUGUUGGUUAAUGGCUCUCCUACAGAGGAAUUCCAGCCUCAGAAGGGGCUAAGGCAGGGCGACCCCCUAUCACCUUUUUUGUUUAUAAUUGCAGCGGAAGCUCUUAACCUCUUACUAGCAAGGGCGGUAGAGAAGGGCUUGUUUAGAGGAGCCUCUGUGGGAGGUAAUGAUUUGCGUAUUUCUCACCUCCAGUUUGCAGAUGAUACUAUAGUGUUUUGUGAAGGUGAUCACGAGGAGGUGCUUAAUAUUAAGAGGGUGUUGAGGUGUUUUGAAGUGAUGUCUGGAUUAAAAAUAAAUUAUCACAAAAGCGCUAUAUGCGGUGUGGGCUUCCAAGAAGAUGAAAUGUUGGGUUUAGCUCUAAGAUUGAAUUGCCAAUUGAAGAACUUACCUUUCAACUUUUUAGGUUUGCCUCUAGGGGCUAACCCAAAGAGGAAGUGCACUUGGAACCCAAUACUGGAAAAGGUGAGCAAGAGGUUGUCAUCUUGGAAGAGUAAGCUGCUGUCUUUUGCUGGGCGUUUGACUUUAAUUAAAUCAGUCCUUUCCAAUUUGCCUACUUACUUUCUUUCUAUUUUCAAGAUGCCUAAGGGGGUUGCUAAGGCAUUGGCAAAAAUUCAAUCAAAUUUCUUGUGGGGAAGAGCAAAGGAUGGGAGGUGUGUACACUUGGUUAAUUGGGGUGAGGUAACUAAGAAUAAAAGUCAAGGGGGCUUGGGUGUGAGAGAUUUGGGUGAGGUGAACGAUUGUUUGUUGUUAAAAUGGUGGUGGAGAUUUGGGUCAGAGGAUAAAACCUUGUGGAAAUCAGUUGUUUGCUCAAGGUAUGGGCGUUCAGGAGGGGAUUGGGCACCAACUUUGUCCAACACAGAUGGGGCGUCUACUGUAUGGAAGGAUAUUGUGCAGCUCAAUUUAAAUAACCAGUCUUUGGGUGAGUUUUAUUCCCAGAACUUCAAGCUAUCAGUGGGAAACGGGAGAAGGAUCCAGUUUUGGUCGGAUGCUUGGCUCAAUGGUAGAAGUCUGAAUGAGGAGUAUCCUAGACUGUUCAGUCUAUCCACUGAGAAGGAUGGAACAUUACAGCAAAUUAGUGCCAAGAAGAAACUUGGGGUAUGGCAGCUCCAGUUCAGAAGGAGGUUGUUGGCAUGGGAGGAAGAGGAGCUGCAGAGGCUGACUGCAUUCCUGGACUCAUCUCCUGAUCUUAGAAUUGAAUCUGAAGACUCUUGCUCUUGGCUAGCAUCAACAUCUGGUAAGUUCUCAACAUCAUCGGUGUGGAGUUGGUGGGGUGCAACUAAAGGCCCUGAAUUGAGAGUGCCAGCUGGGGUGUGGGUAAGCCUGGCACCUCUCAAGAUGCAGUUCCUUUGCUGGCUUGCUUGGAGAGGCCGCAUUAAGACUUCUCUCUUCCUUCAGAGGAUUGGGGUUCUCCCUCCCAAUGUAGAGACCCAGUGUGUUUUUUGUCAAUCUGUUGUGGAGUCGUUGGAGCAUGUGCUGCUGUUGUGCCCACAGGUUUGGAAGUGCUGGGCAGCCAUGGCUAGUUGGUGGGAUCAGCAUUGGGUCAUCCCGGGUUCUGUUGAGGGUUUGCUUCAAUGCUGGUCAUGGAGUAAAGCGAAGUCUUGGGUUCACAAAGCUUGGCAGGCUGUUCCAGCACUACUGAUGUGGUCUGUAUGGAAGUUAAGAAACGAGUGCAGAUUUAAGGGGGUUAAUCCAGAUUUUGCAGGUCUAAGUGAGAGGUUGAAACUGCAGAUCGCUCUAUUCUCAGGCCCAGAAAUUGUUGCGCAGGAAGCUCCAGCAUUGCAGAGUUGCUCUGUUUGGUUUAUGCUUGUUAGGCCUUCAGCAGGUGUUGAUGUUUGGAUUGAUGUUAGGAUUGUUGCUGUGCUAAUUCUCAGGCCCUCAGCUGCAAUUUCGCCUUGCUGCUACGAUAUGAUUCUUUAUGACUCUGACUCUGACGAUGAGUUGGAGACAAUUGGGAUAGCUGUUAUGGAAGGGCAACGACUAGCAACCAAUAGUUUAUCAAGAUCACGGCAUAAUUCUAAUCAACGCCGCAAAUUCAUUUGGUGCAAUUCUUUGCAAGGUCACCAAAGACUCUUUCUAGAUUAUUUUGCUGAUCCACCAGUAUAUCUUUUCAAUGUAUUUUGGAGGAGGUUUCGAAUGAAACGUUCUCUUUUUCUCCGUAUUCAGUCUGCGGUAGAAGCUCAUGAAUCACAUUUUGUCCAGAAAGAACUAGUGCUGGAGUGCUCAGUUUAUCUUCCCUUCAGAAGAUGA